AAGAUAACGCCACCACCGCGUCGAUCCGCAAUCUGUUUAUCCCACCGAAGCAUUUUCGAAAGUCUCCAUCGCUGAUGAUGGUAGAUCCGUCCACCAAAGCACUUAAUAAUGAAAUUCCAUGACGAUAGCUUCGCCGCCCGCACCGCUGCACGAUAUUGAUAGAUUAUUCAAACGUGGGAGACUCGGGAGUAGUUGAGUUUUACUGGGAAACCUCUAGGAAAGCGAUCGGGAUCGGGGAAAGUUGAAUACCCAACAUUCAAAAUCGCUUCUUUUUUUCGAAUGGAUGCCGGGAGAUUGCUUCCGAGCAAUAAAUUUUUGGCCUUUCGGGAGCACGCAAUCGCACGAAUCCAAGAGCAGAUGCGUCAUUUUCUCUUCCCCGCAACCCCGGCGUACCCCCUCUCCUUGUCUCCACAUGUAGCUCCCUGUUCGUGCGCACGAAGAUACGCAAUAUUUUAUCGGGUUGAGUCUCUUUUAUAAUCACCCGAUGGUUCGGGCUCGCAUGUGAUGCUUCUUUUGGAGGGAGCAAACAGCUCACUCUUCGUUUGCUUCAUCUUCUUCUCCUCCUCUCUCUCUCUCUCUUCUCUCUCUCUCUCUCUCUGCUUCUUGCCAAAAUAAAAAAGAAAGAAAGUACAGACGAGGGAGAGAGAAGAGCCUCAUGUUAGGAAAGGUUCAAUCGUUGAUUGUAAAUUAGUUUCUGGAAGUUGUAUUUCAGCUUCGGAGGGGAAUCAUGGGUCGGCAAUUGUUCAUACUUGUGGGAAUUCUCUUGUUAGAAGCAAUUAUCGGUUGUGUUGUUGCUGACUUGGUUGAAGACAAGCAAGCUCUGCUGGAUUUUCUUCAAAAUAUUCCUCAUGCACACAAGCCCAACUGGAACAAGGACUCUGUUUGCCAAUCAUGGACUGGAGUGGGGUGUAAUGCUGAUUCUUCAAGAGUGAUUUCCCUUCGAUUGCCUGGAGUUGGAUUCCGAGGUCCUAUACCACCCAACACUUUGAGUCGCCUAUCUGCAAUUCAGAUUAUUAGUCUCAGACUAAACAAUAUCUCAGGUCCUUUACCUUCUGAUUUUUCGAAUCUCAGUAAUUUGACAGAGCUGCAUCUACAGUUCAACAGCCUCUCGGGUCCGCUGCCACAGGAUUUCUCUGCUUGGAAGAACCUAGCGAUACUUGAUUUAUCGAAUAAUGGAUUCAGCGGGGGUAUCCCAUCUUCUAUGUCCAAUCUUACACAUCUUUCAGAUUUGAAUCUAGCCAACAAUUCGCUUUCAGGUGAAAUUCCUGACCUCAACAUUCCUAGUUUGCAAGGGCUAGAUUUAGCCAACAAUCAUCUCACUGGAAUGGUGCCUCCGUCACUUCAAAGAUUUUCAAGUGCGGCAUUCGCGGGAAAUAAUCUUUCAUCAGAGAUUGCUCCUCCUUCAAUUUCCCCAGUUGAGCCACCCAAUCCUCAGCCAACAAAAAAAUCCUCUAAACUAAGCGAAUCAGCUUUACUAGGUAUUGUACUAGGCGGUUGUGUGCUCGGUUUCGUACUAUCUGCUCUUGUAAUCAUUUUUUGCUACUCUAAUCCUGACAAAGACAAGGAGACGUCCUCCAAAAAGUCCCAAAAGAAAGAAGGCUCAUUGAAAAAGAAUGGGGCUGCAGCUGAAAGCGGAGAGAAGGAUAACAAGAUUGUUUUUACUAAGGGUUGUACUUAUGCAUUUGACCUGGAUGACCUGUUAAGGGCAUCUGCUGAGGUGCUUGGGAAAGGCAUGUUUGGGACAACGUAUAAGGCAGCAUUAGAGGAUGCGACUAUUGUAGUAGUCAAGAGAUUGAAGGAUAUUAAUGUGGCUCGAAAGGAGUUCGAGCAGCAGAUGCAGGCGGUUGGCCAAAUGAGGCACGAGAACAUCGCUACUCUCAGGGGUUAUUACUGUUCAAAGGAAGAGAAGCUGCUGAUAUAUGAUUACUACAGUGAAGGGAGCGUGUCCUCUGUAUUACACGGUAGGGGAGGGGAAAAGAGAAUCCUUUUGGGCUGGGACAUCAGAAUGCAGAUUGCAAUCGGCGCGGCCAGAGGUCUCGCUUAUGUCCACACGCAAAACAGUGGGAAAUUCAUCCAUGGAAACUUGAAGGCAUCGAAUGUUUUCCUUAAUGAGAAAGGUUACGGUUGUAUUUCGGACAUCGGUCUAGCAACAAUAAUAAACCCCAUCCCACCUACAUCCACAAGGGCUGCAGGCUACCGUGCUCCCGAAGUAAUAGACACAAGGAAGGUGUUUCAAGCAUCCGAUGUCUAUAGUUUCGGGGUUCUGUUGCUCGAGCUCCUCACAGGGAAAUCGCCACUCCAUUCGACCAACGGAAACGAGUCGAUCCACUUGGUUCGGUGGGUGCAAUCCGUGGUUCGGGAGGAGUGGACCGCCGAAGUCUUUGACGUGCAGCUUUUGAGGUAUCCCAACAUAGAGGAAGAGAUGGUGGAGAUGUUGAAGGUGGGUAUGGCCUGUGUGGUCAAGAGGCCUGAGCAGAGACCCAAGAUGCCUGAGGUAGUAAAGCUGCUGGAGGACAUCCGGCGAGGAAGUUCCGCAAACCGGCCGUCCUCGGAGAAUAGAUCGGAGGGGUCCACUUCACCUGCCGCGACGGCCGCAGUAGCUGAAAUGGGACAAUCUUCUAUGCUGCAACAAUCUGAAAUUGCGAUGUCUUCGGCUAUUCAGUCCCAAGCAGAUUCCUCGGCUUCAGAGUCUCAAGCAGGACCUACUGCUGCUGCCUCACAGUGACAUUUACUAGCUUUUUCCACAGGUUGUCGUUGUAGCUUUCGUUUCCCCAUUUUUGUGACAUUCCAUUACGUGCUUCAUUUUGCACAGUAGUUUAUUUUGUAAGAUAGGAUCUGAUCCUCGCAAUUGUGUUCAUCUGUUAGAAUAUGGUUCCCGUGCAAUUGGACUCAAUGGUGGUUGCUCGAAUCUGCAAUGAGAACGAGUGGCUACUGAGACAUUCGUUCUGUGAAGGGAAAAUUAUCUAAAAAGUCCUAAACUCAGUGUA